UAGCUGGUUUCGCUGCCUGUUAAAAAGGGGAAAUAAUUUCUCUUUGGAAAUGAUGUGUCAUGUUUCGCAGUCCGCGGCUCUGUGUAAUAAUAAGCAUUAGUCAGCAGAUCAGAGCUUUAUUUUCUGCUGAGGGGAUGGCGAUCAAUAGGACCUGCAUCGGUGUCAUUUACUCUUCCAUCGGGGUGACCCUGGGGGUCUCUGCCUUCCUGGUGUGGAACAUCGUUUACAAACAGCCGUGGACCGGAGCCAUGGGGGGGCUGUCAGGUGUGUUGGCGCUUUGGACCCUGAUCGCCCAUGUCAUGUACCUGAAGGACUACUGGCGGACGUGGCUAAAGGGGCUCAAGUUCUUCUUUCACGUGGGGCUUUUCUUCUCCCUGCUAGCCGUUGUGGCCUUUAUUGCUUUCCUGUCCAUCGCCAUCAGCAGGAAGGAGUCUUUCACCGACCCUCGGAGUCUCUACCUGUCAGCUGUGUGGAGUGUCAUGAGCCUGAAGUGGUCCCUCCAGCUCCUCCUGGCUGCUAAACGUUACCGAAAAGAAUUCGCCGACAUCAGCAUCCUCGGUGACUCUUGAUUGCACUACCGACUUCUACAGCUACAACUCAAAGACUUUGCUUACUUUCUAGGCUGAAGAUCCACCAUAGGAAGGGAAAUAAUUCAGGAAUUUCUGGAAGUAAAAAAAAAAUAAUAAUAAUGUCAUAAGGAUUAUGAUUUUUGUUAGUUAUUCCUGCACCAGCAACUUAUUUCUUACCAUAAGACGGUUGUAUUCUUAGCUCCAAUCCUCUUGUUUAUAUUCCAUAAUAUAUUUAGCUUCUAGAAAUGCAAUCAUUAUCACUUCAACCUUUUUUUCAACACACUAUUAUGAAAAGCAGCGUGCAGUUUCAUGCUACAGCCACUAGAGGUCACUACUCCUCCAAAUAAGGCCAAUCAGUGUAGACCUGAUUCAUGACUCAGAUGCCCUGACAGUGAAUAAGUUUGGUGAAACAGAAACAGAGGUAGUUGGAGAAAAACAACUUCUGCAAAUUCAAGACAUCUCAGCAGCACAUAGCUCACUUCCCUGGGAUUUUUAAUGUAGAGGGGUUUUGUAGCAUUUGUUUGCAAAACGAAUAAGAGUCCAAGUUUGUUUGUUUUUGCUGAAAUAUAGAUCUUAUUUUGGUUCGUUCAUUUAGAUAUGCAGCUGUUAUUGAAUAAGACUUAAGCUUCAGAAGCACCAUGCUAUUACACACCCACAUGUAUCUGUCAUCUGAAUGUAGCACUCUGUUUUUUUGUACGUUUGUCUAAAAUAAUCUCUUAACAAAAUGCAUUUUUUUUCACAUCUACAUCCCAUUGUUUGUUGCAGCGAUGAAAAUAUGUUCCACUUUUUUUUUUUUUUUAAGAGUUCGAUGUUUCUAUUCUUUUAAAACAAAAAUAUUAAAUUUAGAUCUCUGUAGUAUGAGGUAAGCCGCUCCAACAAUGUUUCACUGCAGCUUGUCUUUGUGUUAUUGUCCAUGUGGUGCGGCGCCUCUAGUGGUGGCUGACAUCAAAACAAAAUCUUGUUUAAAAAAAACUCCAUUCAUUCAAUUCAAAAAUGCGUUAGCGACUUGAUUUCAUGAAGGGAAAUUUAAUGUUAUGACUAAUUUUGUUUUCCAGUGAGUUACUGUACAUAUUAACAGCUGUAAGAAGGAAUGAUCUCUGUAGAGGUCUGAUCUGCAGUCGAUCAGGUGAAGCCUUUGACUGAAGACUCUUGUUAUU